UUUUAACACCUGCAGAAGCAGAUCAGUCCAGAAGAGAGAGUGAGAGAGAGAGAGUGAGAGAGAGAGAGAAAGAGAGAGGGAGAAAGAGAGAGAGAGAGAGAGAGAGAGAGAAAGCUUGAGCAUAGAGUACAGACUCAUUCACAAGCCUCUUGUUUACCUGCAGUAACUAUAUCUCAGCAUCUGAUUUUAGGUUCUGAAACCCAGCCGCGUUGGGAUGGAUUGCUGUUCUGUCAACAAAGAGGAAGCCUGCGUGAAGCAGGAGGAGGAAGACAUCCUCGACAUCCCCCUGGACGAUGAGGAAGCAAAUGCUGCCGCGGCGAAGAUCCAGGCCAGCUUCCGCGGCCACAUGACCAGGAAGAAGCUCAAGGGCGGAGAGAAGGAUGAAUCCGAGCUGAAGGCAGACGGCACGAGGGAUUGCGAGGAAGAUGCGCCCGCGGAUGGGCCCGACGAGACCAGUGCGAGUGCCGGAGACUCGGGAGCAACUGAUGCAGGCAAGGAAGGAAAAGAGCAGAGCGGGGCUACCGAAAAGGCAAAGGAUGGGGCAUCUAUUAAUGGGGACCAGUCAGAGACAGCCGCUGAAGACGGAGGGAAAGCAUCCGAGGAGGUAGAAGGCGAGUCAGAGGCGGCCGCGCCUGAACAGUGAAGCAGUGAUCAUUCGCUUUGUCAAUACGUCCUGUCAGCCUCGAAAAAAUGUUGUGCAGGAUUCAAUCAAUGCUAUCUUUCCAAUUUGUACUCCAUGCAAGGUGUUCCUUCAUUCUUCUGUAUUACGUUGUGCAUUUCCACCUGCCAGUGGACUCAGUGGCCCUCUCUAUCUCACUUCUUCUUCUGUCGCCCAUUCCUUUAUUUCUUCCCUCCCCUUCUUUGCAUCUUUUGCCCUCCCUUCCUUCUCUUCAGGGAGGCAAUAUUCCACAGCUUCUUUUCUGCUUUGCACACAAAGGUAAUAAGUGGAGGUUGGAGUGUAUCCAUGAGUCUGUGCGCUAAUUUCAUAUUGCAUUGGCCAGGAGUUUGAAGCAUUUUUUACUUUGCCAUUAUUAUUGGAUUUGUUUAACUCCCAGAUAAUAUUGCAGAGAGCACAAUCAAGAUAGGAUCAGAUC